AUGAACUGUCAAAGAACAUUAUUCCGAGCCCUGAGGGCUGUCCCGCGGCGGCAGCACGUCAGGGCCUUUUCAAACUUCCCAUUGCCGGGCUUCCCUCCCGUCGUAGGAGGCGGUAGCAGCAGCCCACCUGUUGGAAACAUCCCUCUGCCUUACAUCACCGAGGUUUCGUCGAAUGGUUGGAGGACAUACGACAUCUUUUCCAAGCUGCUUCAGGAACGCAUUGUCUGCCUCAAUGGCGCGAUCGACGAUACCGUUUCCGCAUCGAUAGUAGCACAGCUCCUGUGGCUCGAGUCCGAUAGCCCCGACAAGGCGAUUACCAUGUACAUCAACUCUCCAGGAGGCUCAGUAUCAUCAGGGCUGGCCAUCUACGACACAAUGACAUACAUCAAAUCACCAGUAUCAACAGUCUGCCUCGGCGCGGCCUCCUCCAUGGCAGCGCUGCUGCUGACGGGAGGCGAGGCGGGCAAGAGAUACGCCCUGCCGCACAGCUCCGUCAUGAUCCACCAGCCGCUGGGCGGGACGCAGGGCCAGGCGUCGGACAUUCUCAUCUACGCGAACCAGAUCCAGCGCAUCCGCAAGCAGAUUAACGAGAUCAUGAAGCGGCACAUUAACAAGUCGUUUGGGCACGACAAGUACAGCCUGGAGGAGAUUCACGACCUGAUGGAGCGCGAUAACUACCUGUCGGCGGAGGAGGCCAAGAGCAUGGGUGUUAUUGACGAGAUUCUGACACGGAGGGAGGAGAAGGAUCUCAAGGAGAAGGAUUCGACGGAGGAGCACAAGACGAAGCCCUAA